AUGACCCCUCAUCCUCUAAGCGCUUUGGCCUUUGAGCAUUGGGCAGUUGUUCCCACAGAGGGACGGAUCUCGAACGAGUCCCUGUGUCUUGAAUUUGACGUCCGAAUACAACUUAGGUCGAGCCUCUGGGAGGAGUUGCAAUACCAUUUACCAACAGUGUGGGAGGGUUGGAUGUCCAUGUACGCCCUGACACCUCUUGUGACUGAUACUACCCUAUAUCAACCUGCCACUGGUGGUUCUACCAGCGCUACUGGUGAUGGACGUGGGAAAGAGCCUGUCAAUGCCUGGCAGUUGUUAGAAAGCAAUGUCAAUAUCUGGCAAAUGCUGAUGGAAUGUUCGGUACGUUCAGAGAUCGAGCCACCAUCACGAACGGCGGACAUUGUCGGGCCUGUUCCCCGGAGACGGUUGUCGUGA